UUUAAAUUGUUUUGACUAAAAAUACCAAAUAAAAACCUUAAAAGGAAGAAUACACGUGAAAGAGCCUAAUGUUUGCUAAAAUAUUAUAGGUUUGUAUGAUUUAGCAAAUGACUUGUAAAUUGAAAACCGUGUUUUUAUUCUGUUGACGUGAAAUAUUUUUGACAGGUAUUUACCGUGUUAAGUCUGAAGUAUUAGGUGUUCAGAUCAAUUACAGCCCUAAAACAGAAUAUCCUGAGAGCUCUAAAUGAUUAAAAACUGUUCUCCAGUACGCGGGCAUAGACUAUCUCAGGGAGGCCAAGGAGUGUGAUCCCCUGGUAAUUGAAACACACUCUCCGGUACCACCACCCCUGCCCGCCAGUCCAAUGGUACCUGUCUCCGACUGCCAUGCAAUGCUGCAGAGACUUGUCAACCAAGACACUCCCGCACCAUCCAGAGACUUGAGGUACUCGGGGCGGACUUCAUCCACUCCCGAGCCUUGCCACCGAGGAGCUCACCGACUGCCUCCGUGACUUCAGCUUGGUGAUGGACCCACCCCAAAGUCCUCAGCCUUGAAGGCGUGUCAGCACGAUUGAGGAGAUCCUCAAAGGAUUCCUUCCACCGCCCGAUAAUUUCUCCAGUCGAAGACCACCCGAGACCUUGCAACCACAGACAACCACAGCUGGAGAACAUGGUCAACUUGGACUCAAUGUCCAAGUUUCUCCAUAUCUGUUUGAAGGUCUCCUGAAUGUGGGAGUGGAAAACCUCCCUGACGGAGGGUCUCAGUCAGAUGUUCCCAGAUGUUCCCAGCAGAUCGUUUGGGUCUGUUAAUCCUCCUUCCACACCAAUCCCAAAUCACCACUAGGUAGGGAUUGGUGGACAAGUCUGCCCCUCUUUACCUGAAUGUCAAAGAGAAAGAUUGCCUGAAAGGAAUACAAAGUAGAUCAUCGAUCUCCUGCUUAGUGUGUCCUGGUGCCACGUGUACAGAUGGAUACUCUUGUGUGUGAACAUGGUGUUUGUUGUGGACAAACUGUGACGACCACAGAGGUGUGCAUCAAGGGGAGAAAAAAAAACUGUCUCAACUGAACCAUGACAAAAGCCAACCGAGAUUAACCAGAAACAAAAGAGACGAAAUGAGAAAAGAAAUUAAGAAAUUUUUCAAAUUGAUCAAACCAAACAAUGACAGGAACCUCAAACGUCAUCCUGGAGUGAUGACAAUGAGAAAACAAGAUCUGACAUACAAAACAUCUUGACCUGAAAAAGUAUAAGCUAGAGACAAAAACAUAUUUUUUUUUUAUCAUAGAAAAGAUUAUAAAAAAUCUUUUAGAUAAAUUAAAAGAUGUGACACUGAAAGUGGAGACUCUCGCUGCUGAUUGGCUGAGGUCCCCCCCUCCCCCCUAUGUCCUGAUAAACUAUAAUAAACAUGUGUGUAUAAAACUGGAGGAAACAUUAAGGUUAUUUAUUCGGUUUUGUGCCUUUGGCUGCGUUCAAGGAGCAACAAUGACGUGGAAACUGGCUUUUCCUUUCCUGGCGGUCCUGCUUGCCGUUGGGUUUGGUCUAGACCCAGAAGGUUUUGAGCUCGUAGCAGCCAACGAUCCAGAAGUCCAGACGGCUCUGACGUUUGCCAUGGAUGAAUACAACAAAGCCUCCUCAGAUAUCUACCUCUACAAAGUGACAAAAGUUAUCAGAGUUCAGAGAAAGUACCUGGAAGGUUACCAGUAUACCCUAACUGUGAUUAUAGCAAGAACCCUGUGCAAGAAGGGCAGUGUGCCUGAUUGGUGCCCUGUCUUCAUGGACCCAGAUAAGGCUAAGUCUUACCAGUGCAAAUUCGUUGUGCACAACAAUGGAUGGUUGGGACGUUGGGUGAUGGUGGAACAGAGGUGCUCUUAGACGAAAUCCACACGGAUUCAUCUGGAAUGAUUCAACUGUUCUGCAUUUCAAUUAAAGAGUGUUUCCAUUCUGUGUGUGAUUACAGAAGUUCUCUUUGAACUAUAUGUGAUUUCAGGAAUAAAAUGUGAGCUUAAACUAUGGAUGAAGAAAAAAGUGUAAUUAAUGAAAGACCUGGUUAAACAAUAAAGAUAUUUGAUUUGA